CCAUCUAUGCCUCUCAGGUCCGAGUCUCCGCCGGCUUCAGGUGGUGACAUGGUCUUUUGUCUGCAAUGGCACGUUGUUUGAUAGGGUCCCUCCUUCAGCUCGGUUAAGUGCCGGUGGAUAGUUUUAUUUCCCCACUCCCGAAACCCCUACCGCCAACGGCCCGACGGCCCCGCCGGCGCCUCGGUUUGGUCGGGAGGAGCGGCCAGCCCGCGGGCACUGGUUCCCCGGCCGCGCCCCUCCCCCGCCCGGCCCGGCCUUAGCGAUCCGCUUUGUUGUGGCAACAGCGGCUCCCGGGCAGCGCCAGUUAUGGAUGACUUUCAGCAGGCGGAGGAGGCUGCCUUUGUUGUUGAUGAUGUGAGCACCAUCAUCAAAGAGGCAGUGGAAAACACGAUCGGAGGGAAUGCCUAUCAACACAACAAGGUGAACCAGUGGACAGCCUCCGUGGUAGAGCAAUGUCUGGUCCAGCUCACCAAAUUGGCCAAGCCUUUUAAAUACAUUGUGACCUGUGUUAUUAUGCAGAAGAAUGGAGCAGGCUUGCACACCGCCAGCUCCUGUUUCUGGGACAACUCCGUUGACGGAAGUUGCACCGUCCGGUGGGAGAACAAGACCAUGUACUGCAUCGUUAGCAUCUUUGGCCUUGGGAUCUAAAACUGGCUUCAGCAACACUCCGAUAUUACGUGUGGACCACUUCUAAAACUAUUUUCAGAAUUUUCUUCCUAGUGUCCUAUUAUCAGAGUUAAAUUAUCUCUGUCAAUCACUUUUGUGAAAGUGGAAAACACAAUUAUCAUAUAAAGUGGAUGUAACUUAAUGAAUGACUUACUGGAAAUCGUUGUCAUAC